AUGCGGUUCUUGAUCAUCGUGCCAGCUGUCUGGGGCUUCACACAGCCACCAGCAACGCUUGGUAGGCUCGCGACACCCUAUGUCUCUAGAGGAGAGCAUGUGCUGCUCAAGAGCAAGCAGGACGCGCAGCGUUCUGUCGGCGGGAAGCGCGAGAACGCCGUACCAUUCCUAGACACUGAGAAAUGGCUCGCAGACGUCGAGGGCACUUCUGAGCCGUCGGAGCUCGACACUGCGUACUGGCUCGAGGCCGUCGACGCCGGAGACCGGCUCAAAGCAGACGCCGACGCCGAGACGACGCUCCUCCUCACGCUGUCGGCGGGCGCCUCGACGACGUUCGCCACCGCGUGGCAGUUCGCGCUCCCGCUCGCGCUGCUCGAGUCCGGCGGCCCCCAGGCCGCCGCGACGCUCAUGGCCGCGACGACGGGCGCCAAAGUGCUCUUCGCGCCGUCCGUGGGCCGGCUCGCCGACAAGGCGCCGCGCGUCGACGCGGCGCGCGCCGCUCGUGCCGCUCAGGCCUGUGGCGUCGGGCUCAGCUGCCUCGCGCUGCCACACCUCGCCGACGAAACGUCGUGGCUCCCGCUCCUGCUCGCCGGCUCGGCGAUCGAAGCGCUCGGCGCCGUCGUCACGAAGGGCGCCCCCCGCAAAGACUGGGCGCCGACGCUCCUCGAGGGCGACGCGCUGCGCAAAGCAACGGUCUCGCUCUCGAACGCGGCGCUGCUUGGGGAAUUAGCUGGCCCAGCGCUCGGCGCAUUCGUCUUAGGCGCGAGCGGCGCGCCGACCGUCGGCGCGGCCGCCGUCGCCGGCGAGCUCGCCGCCCAGGCUGCGCUCGAGCGGCUCCGCGCCCGCGCGCCCAGUGCGCUCAGCGCGCCGAAGGGCGAAACGACGAAGGCCGCGCCGGCCUGGGCCGCCUUCUUCGGCCAGCCGAGCGGCGCGGCGAUCACGACCGCGCCGGCCUGGGCCGCCUUCUUCGGCCAGCCGAGCGGCGCGGCGAUCACGACCGUGGUCUUUGCGUUGCUUUGGUUCACCGCCCUGACGCCGCACGCGCCCGUGCUCCUGGCGGCCCUGGCCGACCGCGGCGCGCCGGCGGAGUCGCUCGCGGCCUUUCGCGCGGCGGGAGCGCUCGCGGGCGCCGGCGGCGUGGCCCUCUACGCGGCGGCCGCCGACGGCCGCACAGAUGCGCGGCGGGCGCAAACGACGACCACAUCUGAGGCUCGGCGCCUGGCGACGCGAGACGUGGCGGCGCUUAGCAUCCUUGGCCAGGUCGUCGCGGUCACAGUCGCAGCUACCUUCGUCGACGCGCCGCAGACGCUCAUGGUCGCCGUCGUCGUGAGUCGCGUGUUCCUGUACGCGUUCGACGUGGCGUACGUCGAGCUGCAGCAGCAGCUCGUCGCCGAGGCCGAUCGCAACGCCGUGCAGGGGUGCGAGGCGGCGCUGACCGGCGCGGCGGAGCUCGGGCUCGCCGGCGUCGCUCUGACGUACGCGACGGACUUCGAGGUCGUCGCGGACGUGUCGGCGACGGCCGUCGUCGCGGCCGGCCUCACCUUCGCGGCGUUCCUGGCGCGGCGGCCCGAGCUCGUGUCGCGGCCGACGUCGUCGUCGCGCUAG